AUCAGUUCAAGACCUGCAGAGAGGACAGAGGACAGAGGACAGAGGACACAGAGAGACUUUGCACGGACAUACACACGUAUAGACUACAUCAAAGUUUUGGAUAAUCUCAAAUUUGGAAUAAUGAAGUCUCCAAAGCUGAAACCACAGGCGAAGUUCGUGAACGAAGAGGACCUGAGCGACGUGCUGUGCGAGUUCGACGCGGUGAUGGAGGACUUCACGUCGCCGGUGGAGAAGCGACACUUCAGGUAUUAUGACGAGCACCUGAAGACCAUGAAGAGGAGGAGCAGCGCGAGCGUCAGCGACAGCGGCAUCAGCGACACAGAGAGUGCAGAGUCGCUCAACAGAAACAGCUUCAGCUUCAGCGACGAGAGGCUGAACUCCCCCACCGUGCUCUCCCCCACCACCAGCUCACCCCCGCUUAUGUCGCCAAAACCCAAACUGGGCGACACUAAAGAACUGGAGGACUUCAUCGCCGACCUUGACAGGACAUUAGAGAGCAUGUGACACGGAGGCUCACAGUCAUCUUGGAGUGUAGCCACGAGGGAGGGAGGGAGUCUGGACCCCCCAGAGCAGCAAACAUGCACCCCGGCCCCCACACCGAAAAACCACCCAACAGGAUACCGCUGGAUGGCACCGCAACUGGCUCCAGCGCGGCAUCUCUUCUAAAGUUAACCACGCAGUGCUCCUCUAACUCCACGCCACCUGGGCUGUAAGGACUGCAGGACGGAUCAAAAUUAGCAACCUGAGGACGAGAAUAUUUCAGCAGCCGUGAUGUAAAGGACUCCACGAAACGCUGUGAGGAAAAAAGAUAAACGCUGCAAAAGAGUCACUGGAACAUUUAUUGCCAGAUUCAUAAAUCAAACACCAGGUUACACUCCCUCAUCCGAAACUUGAGCUGGAAGAGUAUUUAAAAAUGGCUUUUUAUAAUAGAAAUAUAUUUGUAAUUUUAUAGAGCUUCUUAUUGUAAAUUUGUCAGACUUUUUUUUUGUGGGAAAUAUAUUUUUGUAUCAUAUGUAAAUAAUAAUUGUUCCAAAUUCUAUUUGCCUUGGUGUUAACAGGACGGUCAGGUUCAGAUAUGACGCUCGUUGACUGGAGUUAAGUUGCUUAAAUGUGAACUGAAAUCGCUUCUUCUGAGAAAAACUGGAAAGCAAUAUAUGUAUUUAAUACAGCUAAUGCCUGCCAGAGAUGAUAUUAAAGUAUGAAAUAUUGUUCUUUUGGUAA